AUUAACAUCCCCGCUCCUUCUGUCAGUUUCCGAUGCCAUGCCCGGUUAAAAUAAUAAUAAUACUAAUAAAAAUAGCAGCCCGAGUCAUCUACUCUUAGCCGAUCGUCGCUCGCCCUAAGGAAUGGCCGAAUCUGGUGCGAAUGAGUUGGCGUCUGCAGCUGCCAGAGGGGACCUAGUGCAAGUUACUAAUUUGUUGGAAAGGAUUGUAAACGUCAAUGCACGAAAUGGAUUUGGGAGGACUGCGCUGCAGGUGAUGAAGCUGGGGAACCCGGAGAUUGCCAGGCGCUUGUUGGAGAAAGGCGCCGACCCUAAUCUGAAAGACAGCGCAGGCUUCGCUGUCCUGCACGACGCCGCCCGCGCUGGCUUCCUGGACACCCUGCAGACUUUGCUCGACUCCCCGGCGGACGUGAACGUGGAGGAUAACGAGGGCAACCUGCCGCUGCACUUGGCGGCCCAGGAGGGCCACCUGCCCGUCGUGGCCUUCCUGCUGGAGAGCACGGCCAGCAGAGUGGAGCACCGCAACAAGAAGGGGGCCACUGCCUACGACCUGGCCAAGCUCUACAAGCGGGACGCAGUAGCCCGGCUACUCGAGGGCCACUGCGGCGCCGGCAGCCGGCCGAGGGCGGGAGCCACCGGCGGGGAUUAAAGCCAGACCCCGGAGUACGCCCGCGGGGGUGGGACUGGAAAAAGAACACCAGCCUGCCCAUCACCUCCUGUUUCUUCCUUUGCACCAAAACACGCGUGCACAACUGCGGGGGCGGGGUUAAAGGAACGUUUCUUUGGGGGGGGGAAAUCCUGCCCCUAAAGGGGGGACCCAGCCUAUGGUAGCCUGCUUCUUUUAACGCUUCUCGCCUGCCUUUGCUCAUCUCUCCCUCUUUUGAAAGAAACUGUGAAAGGACCCUCUGUGUGCUCCUUGGCGGGUUCGCAGGGCUACCUCUCUGUAAAGGUCCAUUUCCCCCCUCGCCUGAAAAAUCAGCUUGCUUAACGACAUAAUAUGAAGGAGUGUAAAAUGAUGUGAAAGGGCUUUGUGCCGGAGGGUAGGGAGAAAAGAAAACGCAUGGAUGUGAAAUCUAUCUAGUUAGGUGGUGGCACUAACAAAGACAGGGAAAUUCUCUGAAGAUGAUUCGUGGUGAUUUUUUCUAUGGCUGACAUGGUGACAGACGUUCUGAUUAAAUCUGUGAGAAUUCCUUCCAGGUAAAUGUUUUUAGGAUCCACCUUUAACUGGUAAAGGAGGGAGGGAAAGGCAAACGAUUUGUUUUAAUGCUAGUGUUUCCGAAUAGUUCAGCAAUUAAGAAAGUUGCUUUUCACAGACUUGGUUAUAGAGAUUAACCUGCCCAGCGUUCACUUUCACAAACACUGAGAUAUCCUGAAUGUGUGAAUAGCAAAUACACCAGUUUUGAAUAGAGAAUAACUAGCAAGAUUAGAUUUACUGUCUUGAAUGUCUUAUGAUCGCUCUGGGAAUGGGUUUGUUAGAUUAAGUUGCCCUCCCUGCAAAGUUUUUGCAAGAGAUCUUCUAUUUGUUUCAGUUAAAUUACUUCAGAAAAAGAAUUCCUAAUCAGUUUUCAGUUCAGCUAACGCUUGUUUUGCAGAAUCGUAGAGCAAAAUACCAAUGAAAUGCUCCAGUGUCGCUGUUCUAAAUAAAAAUA